AUGAAGCGGGCAAAGCCUCUAUCAACUGUUAGUAAGAAAUUGACAAGUGUUCCAGAAUUACCUUAUAAAAAGGGACUACUUAAUUCAUCACCUAAGCCGAAAGAAAAACGUAAUGCCAAACCACAGAAUGAUAAAAUCGAACCAAUGGUCCUAAGGUCCCCACCCACAGGUGAAUCAAUUGUGCGAUAUGCCUUGCCAAUACCAUCGAGUAAGACAAAGGAGUUGAUAUCAGAAGGUGAAAUGGUCAAGAAGAUUGCUAAACACCUCAAAAUGGUUGUUACUGCUUUGGAAGAUACAUAUGGCACUGUGGAUGAAGAUGGAGAAAGAAGAGCAAAGGAACCUAGAGAGGAAGGCUUAACUUUGUCUGAUGGCGAUGAUAUGAAUUCAUUUUUGCUGUGCUGCUCACAAUUUGCUGCUCAGCUGGAGGAAGCAGUUAAGGAAGAACGCAACAUUUUGGAGUCUCUUUUCAAGUGGUUUCAGCAACAAGUCAACCAAAUGGAGGAGAUAAGUAAAGACCAAAGCAUUUUUGAAAAAGAUCUUCUAUCAGAUGGUAAAUCAGUCAAUUUAAACAUUACACAAAUAACAAAUCUGGUACAUAAAUUUGAAGAACUGAAAACCCGCCUGAGAGAACAAAGGGGAUCCCUGCUGUUGAAACCCAUGGAUAGAGAUACUCUGUCAGAAUCAAUGAAAAGUUAUGAAGCUAUAGAGAAGCAAAUUGAAGAAUUCAUAAAAUCCCACUCAGAGUAUGAAUCUCAAGUUGUGUCUGAAACUGAACCAGAAACUCCUUAUUCAGUGACUGAUCGGAUGAAUGUGAUGAUUAAAAUAUUUGAAAAUCAGACAAAUAUGUUAGAAAGAGCUUUAAAUGAUCAGAGUAUAAUUGAGACUAAAUAUAAACAGAUGGAAACUGAUUUUCAACUAUUAUUAUUGGAGAAAACCCUACUAGAAAAUGAAAUACAGAAGAUGAAAAGUCCAGAGAAAGCAAAGCCUACAAGCAAAGAAGAUCGAACCAAGAAGCCCACAAAACCAGAAAAGAAAAAAGAUAAAGACUCAGAAAGGUAAGAAAGAAGCAGAAUCACUGAAGAUGGAGAAGAAAGCUCUUCAGGAACAACUGAAAUGGGCUUUGCAGGUGACUCUAGUUAUGUCAAAACGACAGAAACUAAAUGUCACACUGCCAAAAAGGCAGACAUCCUGGCAGAGCCAGCCUUUCUAAGCAUUAUUACCCAAAAGGAACAUGUUCAUGAAUUUGAGCUUACUAAAGAAGCUGAAAGAAAUAAGAAUCAGCUGAAUUACGUGCUACAUCAGGAGAUGGAGAUGUAUAAAGAAGACAGGAGUAAAACUAAAAUGGAACCAGUUUUAAGUACAACGGGUGAAGACUCCAAACAUUCCCCAACUGAGGAGAAAGACACACAGCCAGGUGAACCAACACAGGACUAUGACCAGAUGACACCUGAAAAAAGUGAAAGCUUGGAGAAGAAACGAUCUAGCUCUGCUGUUUUAGACCCUUCAGCUUUAGAGGGUUACUAUGGUGUCUCAGAUGUUUCAGCAUCCCCACCAGAGGUCUCUAAGUCAUUUGCAGAAGUGCCAUUAAUUGAAGAGCACCAAGAAACCUCACCUCAGCCAAAAGAAACAGAGAUGUGGUCCCUGGUGUCAUUUCCUGAUCUCACUGAAGAAAUGGAAAAGGCUGAAGCAUCACGACAAAUCUUCUCUCAUAAAGAAGCAGAAAACUUUGAAGUUUCUUAUGAAAUACCAAGUGAAAAGCCUACACCAGAUGAUAAAGAUUUGCUGUCAGAUGUCCCAGCACUGAUAAUGAAGCAACUCGCUAAGCAAGGGAGACGCAAACGUGAGCACGGUCGCAGAGAACAUUAG